CUUGGGCCUUUGUAUUGGGUCAGCACAGCCCAAUGUGGUAAAAACAGAGGCCGCCCACCAACCUCUGCAAGUUCCCGCUUUCACCUGGACUUAGUAAACAAACACCAGAAACCCUAGAGAAAUAUUGCCAAGCAAGAAGAGGACGCAGCAAGCAACCCAAUCAGUCCUAAAUAUUUGAUUUCUGAAGGUUCUACACAAGAUGUCCUCCAGAAUCGCCCAAAUCCGCCUUGUCAGUUCUCACCCCGAGGUUUAUGAACCGUGUGAUGAUUCGUUUGCUCUAGUAGAUGCGCUUUUAGCUGAUCGAACAAACCUGUUGCAGCACCAACCGGCAUUGUGCCUGGAACUGGGUUGCGGCAGUGGCUAUGUCAUUACUUCUCUAGCUCUUAUUGUUGGCCAGGAGGCGCAGUAUAUUGCGACUGACAUUAACCCCCAUGCGGUGAAGGUGACUCAUGAGACGUUGGAAGCACAUGGGGUUCAUGCGGAGUUGAUAAAUACUAACAUUGCAUCAGGACUGGAGGAGCGUCUGAAAGGUUUGGUUGAUGUAAUAGUUGUGAACCCACCUUAUGUGCCGACCCCUGAAGAUGAAGUGGGACGCGAAGGAAUAGCAUCUGCUUGGGCUGGCGGGGAGAAUGGACGUACUGUGAUUGACAAGAUGCUGCCGGUUGCUGACACUCUUUUGUCAAAGAAGGGCUGGUUGUACAUGGUCACUCUUUCAGAAAACAAUCCCUCGCAGAUAUGCCUUCAAAUGAGAGAGAAAGGCUAUGCUUCCAGAAUCCUUGUCCAGAGAUUGACAGAAGAAGAAAAUCUACAAAUCAUCAAGUUCUGGCGGGAUUCCGAUUUGCAAGUAGCGGAAAAGGAAAACAAAACAGUUCCUGCAAAGGACAUGGAGUCUUUGCUCUCUGACUUCCAUAUAUUCCCGUUUCUGAGAGGCAGUCACGACGACAGUAGCUGAUGAAUCGAGAAGAGGGGAAACAUAAGUUGUCUAGUGUGUACAUGAUGGAAAAAUGGUUUCUAUUCUCAUAUUCUUAUGAGUUCUGGAAACCUUUGUCUGAAUGUGAGAUGCACACAAUUGAACUGUUUGGUGCCGUCGGGGACUUCGCUUAUACGAUCAUUUUCUACGAAAAUAUGUAAGUCCCGGAUUCAUGUUUUCACAAGCAUCUGCAGAACAUCUUCAUCAUAUUGUCAUAGUUUUAUACCAAGUAAUUUGGGU